AUGCCAGCCGAUUGUAAGAAAUCUAGAAGCAAUGAAAGUGAUUCUAUAGAAUCGACACCGCAGCCGAAUAUUCUGUUAUAUUCGACAUUCGGUUUCAAUGAUGUAAGUUCUCAUGAUGGAUAUGUACAAAGUUCGCAAGAUUAUUCCGCUUAUACUAACAGACAACAGGAAACUCCGAUGCGGCUUUACGCACCAGCUUUUCCAUCGGCUAUAGAAGCAACCGGUUCAGAAGGGUAUUAUGACCCUGAUCAAACUCAAUUUGCUGUUAGUAACGAUGAACAAGCAAAUGUUAACAUAUUCCAACCAGUUCCUAUAAACUUCUUUACAUCCAAUUACGAAUCCUUCAACGAGAAGAAGAACACGGAACAAAAUACAUUUGAUUUGAAACACGAUAGCUCAAAUCAUCCGAUAUACGGAACAAAACUUAAUUCGAAAACCAGAAAUAAACCAGCCAAAGACUUGAACAACACUGAAUAUAAUAUUUUGGACAGUGUGUCUACGGUCAUUGAAAAUAAUAAUGAAAAUUAUAAUAAUAAUCAAGAAUCUAGUCAUCAAUUGAAAUCUGUGGAAAAUCAAAAUAAUAUUAAUUAUCCAUCCUUAAAUUCUCCGGGCUCGUUUCCAAAGGUAGUUGACUUUACCAGUGCUAAGAAAUAUUAUCCGAGUAGCGUCGAAAGUAAAUAUACAAAUCCUAAACCUAUUUAUGUAAAUGCCUUCCAGACAGAUGAAUUUAAUAAUAACGAUCAGAUUAAUAAUGAUCAUGGAAGCGCCAAUCAAGAGUCCUCAUAUAAUAAUAACGGAAAAGACGACGACUUUGACAAAGAGACAGCCCCAGUAAGCUUUUUGAAUGAAAACAAUUCACCUUCUUAUCCUCGUGUUAAAAACAAUUUGAAGUCCAACAAAUAUAAACCAGAUUACAAAGAGAAAUUAAAAACAAAGCACUACAACAAUAACAAUGAUGAAUUUAACAAAUUGAGAGAUCUAAAAAAAGGUUAUGAGUAUUCAACUGAUUACAGCACUUCCAGUUUUCAUUACGCUGACGACAAACCCAAGAGGAAAUUUAAUAGCAGCAUAGAUGAAGUUUUUCCUGAGAGCAGCAAUAUAAAUAUUGUUGGCCAUAGAUUCCCAAAUAAAGAAUAUUCUAGUUUAAAAACACUACCGUUCUCGUUACCAGAUCCAGAUACUUACAAACCAUCUGAAGAAUAUUUAAAUGCGUUUAAAAAUUACUACUCCGAUGUAGCGUCUACUUCUCAAUGGGGUAGCUUUUAUAAGCCAACUGAGUUGCCACCUUAUAGAAAACAACCCAAAAAACCAUAUUCAUACGAUGACGACGAUGAAGAAAUCGUCCACAUACCGAAAAGGCCGCACAGUAGUAAAUAUGGAAAAUAUUCUGAUAGUGCGAUAAACGAAUGGCCGUAUUCAAAUGAAUAUAAAUCACACAGCCCUAGUAUAAUAAAACAACCGGAAUGGGCUAAAGAUUAUAUUAGAAAUAAAUUUAAAACAGAAGAAGAUUUAUUAGGUUUACGAAACCACGAUGACUUUUCACCAUCUUAUCCGAAUUCAUUCAAGUAUAACGAUGAGGCUAAAGAAUUUGAAUUCGAAAACUUAUCAGAGAAAUGGAGACAAAACUUUUUGAAAUCAAAGGCUAAAGAAUCUAAUCGUGAUUAUGAAAGUUACGCAUCAGACAGUAAACCGAUUCACAUAUCUCGUCCUAAACCGUACGCCGUAAGUAAAACAUUUCUAUAUUAG